AGCUACCACAAAUGAGCACCGGAUUCGCAGUUUAUUUAAAUGAAUGCUGUACUUCUUACUGGUCUCUGAAUUCUGAUAUGUAUAUAUUGUCGCAGCCAUCUCUACUAUCUAUUCUUCUUCCUGCUCAAAGUAGUUCGAGUCAUCCUACUUUGAUUUCGAUAGGCCUCUUUCGGCAUUAGUUACUCCUUUCUGUCAAUAUACUCCCGCAAUUCGAGAUGCUGGGCUUUAACUCACUCUCAACCGCUGCGGCACUCUUCACACUCCUUUCAAGGACCAAUGCCAGUCCUCUUCUAGCUGAAAGAUGGGCACCAGAACUUCCAACAUGCACAAAUACCACAGAUUUUGUUUAUGCUGGUUGCUUCAUAGAUCCUAGUGAUCCAAGUGCUUUGCUUUUUAGAACCAAUAUUAAUAGUCAAAAUAUGACAGUUGAAAUUUGCGUUGAUUUUUGCAAAGGUAUGCUAUCUCAAAUUUCUUCAUGGGCGAACUGACGACUGGUGAAUUGUAGGCAAUGGGUAUAAAUAUGCUGGAUUGGAAUAGUAAGUAUCUUCCACUCCGGAAAGAACAAUAAUUAGAUAUUUUCUCCUAAUUGAAAAAAUACGAAACUAAUCUUCUCACAGUUAUGGCGAGUGCUUUUGCGGUGCCUCUGUUGGUGGCCCACAAACUGCAGAGUCAAAUUGUUCAUUCCCAUGCACUGGAAAUAAGAAUGAAUCUUGUGGUGGCUAUGAUAUCCUCUCUGUCUAUCAAGAUACCACAUUUCCUAUAGUCGAUACCACUACCAUUUCAGAUUACUCAGCAAUGGGUUGUUAUUCUGAUCUUGGACCCAACGGUCGCACCCUCGCUUGGAAACAAGAUCAAAUCCCCAAUGCCGAUUUGACAAUUGAAGCAUGUCUUCAUGCAUGUAAAGAAAGAGGAUAUGCUUUCGCAGGAGUAGAAUACUCACAAGAAUGUUAUUGUGGUGUAGUUCUCGGUAAUGGAACUGCCAAAGUCGAUGAGUCAAAUUGUCAAAUGACAUGCAAUGGAAACACGACAGAGUUAUGCGGCGGUGCUGCUAAUAUUUACCUAUACGUCGCGAAAGAUUUGUUGUCGACGGAUCCUUGUAAUGGUAAUCCAGGUGGUCCGUCAUCGUCUUCUUCGGCGAGUUCUUAUUCAUCUACUUCUGCUUCUUCUCCGGCUUCUUCAACCAUUCAAACGACGAUUAGUUCGACUUUGAGUUCGACUUUUAGUUCAUCUAGUUCGAGUUAUCCAUCUUCUUCUUCGUCGACUGAUACCAGUUCAUCUGCGGCGGUUUCAACCCCAUUUUAUUCACCACCACCAUAUUCACCUCCGCCUUAUACGCCGCCUCCUUAUUCUUCGGCUCCGGUAUCUUCUUCGUCAUAUUCAUCAGCCUCAGCAUCAUCGGCUUCCUCCCAUUCGUCCGCUCCUACCUCAUCUUCUUAUACAUCGGCUCCAGCAUCAUCUUCUUCGUCUGAUUCUUCAGCCCAUUUUUCGUCAUUCACUGAUUUUUCGCCAUCAUGUCCUAUUUUAUUCUUUCUUCUUCUUUUUCGAUUUUUUUAUUCUUCCUCAUCUCUUCUGAUUCUCCAUUCUUCCACCUCAGCUCCGGCCUCAUCUUCCCCUCUUCGUCUGCUCCUGCCUCAUCUUCUUCAAUAUAUUCAUCAACUCCAGCUUCAUCGUCUUCCUCCUCUUUGUCGGCUCCUGCCUCAUCUUCUUCUUAUUCAUCAGCUCCCACCUCAUCUUCUCCUUCGUAUCCCUCAGCUCCCACCUCGUCAGCCCCAGCGUCAUCAUCGGUAAGUUUAAUCAAGUCAAAUUUCGCACUCUAUAACAUCCACUUCUAUUCCUGGAAGCAAGUCCAUCUUUGUAUUCCUCAAUACCCCUUCAUCUUAUUUCUACUAUAGCUUUAAUCUCUCAAUUUUACGCGAGUUCUUUCUCAUAAAUUUUACUGACUGAUUGAUCUUCUAGUCAUCAACUUCAUCUGCUUAUCCAUCUUCAACAUCCUCAACUUCGGGACCGACAUCUCCAGGAUCAUCUUCCUCUACAAUUUAUUCUACAAUUUCUUCCACUCCUUCAUCUUCUUCUACUCCUCAAUCUUCUUCUACUCCUCAGUCCCCAACUACCAUUUCUACAUCAUCAACCUUAUCAUCAGCUGCUCCUACUUCCACAACAACUCCCAUUUCACCACCAACAACCACAGAGUCAUCGUCAACUUACGUUUCUCCGACAUCCUCAACAACUCCUAUUUCACCAUCAACAAGUUCAUCAUCAGCCAAACCAUCCACAACUUCAAUUCCAUCUACCUCAUCAUCAGUACUACCUAUCACAACUCCCUCACCCACCACCUCAAAAACGAGUUCAACACUUUGCACAUCCACAAGCAACAUAACCCCAUCACCAACCUGUGAAUACAAAGUCGGAAACUGGUGUUCCAAUCCACUGCCACCAUUCAGUGAUCAAAACACCUGUUUCACUGCUUCAAAUACUUGUCUCGUACAACUAACAUCUUGUCUUCUUUCUGCCGGGUUUCCGGGAUCUCUUCAAUGUCUACAAUUUUCUACCUGGUGUCAACAAAUCUCUUCUUACUGCUUGAGCUAUUGUCCUGGAUCUUCGUGUUCAAAUACCGGUUAUAUAGCCAAGUAUCCACCACCAGGGUAUACACCACCUGCCAUUAGCACAAUAACAAGUAUAUACACCUGUCCCACCACCAUCCUCACAACCACCACACCCACACCAUCCACAACAUCAACAUCAUCCAUUGCUCCCCUCCCAACUUGCAGCAACAUCUGCACACAACCCCACAACCCCCCACAAGGCUACUCCUCCUCUUCCCCCGUCGGAUCUAUCCCCCUCCCAUGCUACACAUGCAAUAAUCUCCAACCAGACUAUUCCUCCGGCUACCCUUUUAAACUUUACACAGCCAAAUCCUCAGAAGAUAGUCCCAGUUACCAGAGACCGGAUUGUGGGGCUGGGUGUAGGGAUGCGUGUGAUGUGCAGUAUGAGGCUUGUGUGGGGACUUAUGCGGUGGGUUGUUCUUAUGGCGGUGGAGUAGGGGGAGGGGAUUCGUAUGAAAGUGCUUUGACGAAGUGUGGAUUGCAGAAGGCGGAUUGUUAUGUAGUUAAUGGCGGGGUUGGGGGAGGGGAGAUGUGGGAGUUUUGGGGUGGGGUAUUAGGUCCUAGAUUACAAAGGCGAAAUUAAGGAGGAAAUUUACGCGGAAUUUACGUGUUUAAGUUUUUUGAUGCUUGACUAGUGGAUGUGAGAAACAGCGGAUAUUUCUGAGCUUCUUCAAGGUGGAUUUUUCUUGAUAUUAGUAGAUGAGGUGGACGGAUGAUUAUCCUUAUAGUUGUAAGAUUACUUUAGCUAGCUAUUUAGUUUCUUUUAAUAUUUAACUUCUCAGCUUCUAAUACUUAUACAAUGUUAUGUCAUGUUCUUGUUUUAUUAUCAUAAUCCUAUCAUCACAUCAUUUACACAGAGUGACUCGAC